AUGUGUUUUGUGGACUUGGAGAAGGCCUACGAUCGUGUACCACGGGGGCUCUUGUGGGGGGUACUGCGGGAGUAUGGGGUUCGGGGGCCGCUACUGCGAGCUAUCCGGUCCCUGUACGACCAAAGUCCUAUUGAAUGCAAAUUCCCUGAGUCUGCUGCUGCAGCUCAGCAGUGCUCCAGGGCUGAGGGGAGGCUGCUGAUUUUUCAACUCACAAAUAAAGCAGAUUCAAACCUGAGGUUGAAGAAAGACGAUAAAUAUGUUAUUGCAAGGAUUACAAAACUGAAGAUAGAGUUCCAACAUAAAGAAUAUGCCAGAGAUGCGAAAGUCUUCCCUAAUGGAUCCUUCAUACUGGGAAAAGCAACGAAGAACCACUCUGGAGAUUACAUGUUGGAAGAACACACAACAGGAGGGGUUUUAUUAAGACGAGUGAACCUGCACCUAGAAAUUCAAGCUCUAGUGUCAAAGCCAGCUGUGUGUCAGGUGUGUUCAUCAGCAGAGCAGAGGAGCAUCAGCUGCUCCUCUGAGGGAGAGGAAGUAAAGUUUACUUUUACUUUGGACGGUGAGACACUGAAGCAUACAAGAGACCAAAGCCAGUCCCUGAACAGGAAGGCAGCAAACAUGCAGGGGACUAAAACCAAACAAGACCAAGACAUUGCCACCAUCAGCUUACCUGGUCAGCUGACAGGAAACUUGACGUGUUCUGUUUGGAACAAGGUCAGCAGGGAGGAAACAGUUAUUCACCUGAAUAUCUGCAAAGGCGUCCACCCUGGUUUCUUGGCUGUGAGACAUGGUGUGGGUUCUGUACUUCUGCUGGCUUUGUGUCUUGCAGUCUGCAUUGUGCAUUGGAAAACAAGGAGCACUGGUGUUCCAGAAGACGCUUCCAACGAACUCUUUCUCCAGGAGAUCCCGACCUGACAGAGCAGCUCAACAUCCUGCUUUGACUCCAGCAAUCCCUUCGUGGCAGGCCUCCCUGCACUCACAUUUGAAUCUCUGAAGAUGAUCCGAGAUCACGUCAGCAGCUCAUUAUGAAAUAUCCAUUCUUCCAUCCAUGCAUCU